GACCGUGUCACCUUGUCCCUUCUCAACACACAGUAAAAUUGUUUCUUUUGCUUUGUACCUAACUGAGCUGAGAGACUGUGAGAGAGACUGCUUUUUCUCUUCACAGUUUCACUGGUAGCUUCUUGAAAGCUUUGCACAGGAAGCUGCCAUGUUGGCGUGUUCUGCAGAGCACCGUAGCGUGUGCAGAGUUUCUGCUAUUGCUUUUCUCUCACUCUUCACUCUUUUCUUCACCACUUCCACUGCUUGCUCCAAUGGAAACUGCCAGGUUUUGGAAGCUUGUUCGGCUGCCACUGACUGUGGAACAGGUCUCUACUGUGGCAACUGCCCUGCUUUGGGCAAGACCCAACCCUUCUGCGUCAGAGGCCAAACUACCAUACCCACUUCUAUUAUUAAUGGGCUUCCCUUCAAUAAGUAUACAUGGGUGGUGACUCAUAAUUCGUUUAGUAUUGUUGAUGCACCACCUUUGGCCGGUGUUCAGAGACUCACAUUUUACAAUCAAGAAGACACUGUGACCAAUCAGCUCAGAAAUGGAGUGAGGGGAUUGAUGUUGGACAUGUACGAUUUCGAUAACGAUAUCUGGCUCUGCCAUUCAUUUCGAGGGCAAUGUUUCAAUUUCACUGCAUUUCAACCUGCUAUAAACACUUUGAAGGAAGUGGAGGCAUUCUUGAAUGAUAACCCAACGGAGAUUGUGACCAUUAUAAUUGAGGAUUAUGUGCAUACUCCUAAAGGGUUGACAAAGCUGUUCACCAACGCUGGUUUGGACAAGUAUUGGUUUCCAGUAUCCAAGAUGCCCACAAAGGGUGAAGACUGGCCCACUGUGACUCAGAUGGUACAAGAUAACCAUCGGCUUCUGGUUUUCACUUCUGUCGCUACAAAGGAAGCAGAAGAAGGAGUUGCUUACCAAUGGAGGUACAUGGUGGAAAAUGAGGCUGGAGAUCCUGGGGUGGUAAAAGGUUCAUGCCCAAAUAGAAAAGAAUCAAAGCGGUUGAAUUCAAGAAGUGCGUCUCUUUUCUUUCAGAAUUACUUCCCAACAUAUCCAGUUCAGUCUGAAGCUUGCAAGGAGCAUUCAAAUCCACUGGCUGAGAUGGUUGGUACCUGUUACAAAGCAGCAGGGAAUUUGAUGCCUAACUUCGUGGCGGUCAACUUUUACAUGAGGAGUGAUGGAGGAGGUGUGUUUGAUGUGGUGGAUAGAAUGAAUGGUCCAACAGUAUGUGGGUGUAGCACCGUGACUGCCUGCCAGGCUGGAGCACCUUUUGGAUCAUGCAAGAAUGUUACUGUACCUAAUACAAGUCCAGUAACCAAUACUGCUGGAAGUUUCACUGGAUCUGUUCAGUUCUCAAGCUCUGCCUCCACAGUCCUUUCUCCAAGUUGCUUGAUUCUUUUCUUUUUUUGUUUUCCAUUGAUGAAGUUUUUGUUAUGAUUGCCAUGGCUAAUUAUGGGACUAGGCAGUUGAUGAGCUACUUCUUACAGAGAGGUUUAGUGUGUUAGUACGUAUAUUUUAUAGUCAAAACAGGUAUACUCUACCCCUGCCUUUUAUGUUGUGGGGGCAAGAAAUGCAUGCUAGUGCUGUGAAAUUUGAUUGUAAAGGAGGAACUUGGUCUUUUAUGGAGGCCAAAAAGUAAGGGGUUGCAUAGGAAGCUAACGUAGAUGGUGACCUAGAGAGAACCAGUGUACCAAGAAGUUAUUCAGGUCCGGCGCAUAGCAUGAAGUAGUGGAAUGUAUGGCAUAGCAUGUGUAGAAGUGGUUCCAUUAUGUUACUAGAUUUUCUAAAUAGUUGUGUACUACUUCCAAUGUUCUACAGUCUUCUUUUGGUUUGCUUGUGCUUCCUACACUCAGGUUAUUUUCUUAUGUUUUCAUAUGACUUUGGAACAUGCACGGUAUCACAAAAGAGUUAUAUUCGAGGCUGCGUUAUUAGAAAUGAUAUAUUGUUUGCAGUUUCUCA